UUGUUCGUGUUUUCUCCUGUUAGUGUUUGCCUCCUGACAUAAAAAAGAAUGAGGAAGAGCCAGUGGAGUCACAUAGGAACCUGUCAACUUACACCGUCAGACCAGAGCAGACUCUCACACAGGAUCCACCACAGAAAGAAACCAAGCAUUGUCCAGAUCAAUGUGAACAUGCUGUCGCCUCAGAGUCUUCAUCCAUAUCGCUCACAACGUCUGUCUGGGACGUCGCCCGGCAGCUGCUCUGACAACAUCCUGAAGUUUAUCUGUGAGCUUAAGCAUGACCACAAAUCGGAAAACGAGGACUUCAGGAACAGUGUAAAGUGCAAGUCGGUGUCCGUCGUCCUCCAUGCUCAGUGCAGCGUCUACCAGCUGCGGCUGCGCAUCUAUAUGCAGGUUGAGGAAAAAAACUGCCAUCCAGACCCUGUGGCAAUACUUGAUCCCGAGAAAUACUUGCUGCUAUACAUGCGGGGAGAUGACUGGUACGAAGCCUAUGAUGACUGUCAGGUGCUCAGGACGUUAGAUAUUCCGUGGUCACGUGAUGAUGCUCAAUGCCUAUGUGCUCACGUGGUGGUAAAGCCUGCGGAGGCAAGUAGCUCAGAUGAGAACAAGACGCAACAGCAGCAAAGUCUGGCUUAUUUGAUCGGGUACGACCUGGAGAAGGAAGCCUCUGGACGACUUGGCGAACUCAUGUUCACCCGCCGGAAGCUGGCAUCGCCCAGAAGACAAGAGCUCAGAAAGCGGGAUGACAAGCUGUACGCCACGGAGCCCUGGGUGACACGGGCCCCUUUUCCAACCGACCUGAAAGGCUGGCAAAACAGAAAGGUUCCCAUCACCCUCCACUACAUGAGCAAGAUCAGCUUCAGCAUACAGAUCGAUUUAAGUGCAACACCAGAUGUUCUAUUUAAGGUUUUUGAAAAGGUGGCGAUCGACCACGGGAUUGAUCAUGACAAGGACUUGGUGCUGAAGGUCACAGGGAGGGAGGAAUUUGUAUCCGGAGACCACCCACUGAGUGAUUUCAUCUGGGUUCGGCGGUGCUUGAAAUCCAAUCAAGACCUCCACCUGUCGGUGGUUCCCAUGUCACUACUUGAAGAUGAGAGCGUCACGUUGCUGGACUGGCCCCUUGUAGACGGUUUCAUCGGUCAGUUCAGCUCCCACAGCGAUCUUUGCCUGGAGGAAAAGGAUUUGGACGACAUCGUCAUGAUAUCCCUGUGGGACUGCAACAGAAAACUCAGAGUCAAACUGCUCGGCUUCGACAUCCCCAAACUUCCAAGCAAAUGUCACGAGUUCGUAUACGUGGAAGUCUCUAUACUUUAUGGCAACAAGGUUCUGUCUUCAGUUUCCUCCUCGGCCAAGGCCUUCACAGAUGAAGUGCUGUGGAACGAGUGGCUGGAGUUCGAUGUUCUCUUAAAGGACCUGCCACGUGGAGUCAAAUUGGGUUUCACAAUCAAUGAAAGUGGUGGUGACGCCAAGGUGCUCUACUUUGUCAACCUCCUCCUCAUUGAUCACAGAUCCCUCCUCAGGCAGGGCCCCUACACCCUACACAUGUGGUCUUACCUGACCUUGGAAGACGAAUCCACCACCUACAAGGCCAACAAGCUGUCCUCUGCCACCAACCCCAAUGUUGCUGAAUCUAUGGCCAUCAGCAUCCUUCUAGACCGCUACAGCUUCCCUGUGGUUCUCCCAAGCGGCCCUUGCAACUCCGAAUUUCCUGACAGUCCCGCCUCCUCCCACUCUGAAUCUAUAUCUCUUUCCUGCUAUUCAGUCCCUUCCUCCCCCUCUUCGCCCCUUCCCACCCUCCUCAGAGCCCACUCUUCCUCUCCGCAGGGCUCGUCACCUGACACCGUAAUCCUCCGGCCUCACUCCAUGGGCAUCAAUGGCCACAAGGCUUGCCUCAAAAGCUGUCACUACGCCUCGAAUCUACCCCACUUCCUGCGCAAUGUCGACUGGAUGAAUCGCAAGGUGGUCGAGGACGUCCACUGGCUGCUGGAAAGCUGGGAUGUGGACGAACUUGACAUAGCAGUGGCUCUGGAGCUCCUAAGUAUAGACUUUGCGGACGAGACUGUCCGACGCCUGGCGGUCCAGAGGCUGGAGAGCCUGUCUGAUGAUGACGUACUGAGGUAUCUGCUGCAGCUGGUGCAGACCCUUAAGGUGGAGCCUUACCAUGACAGUUUCCUUUCUCGGUACCUCAUCCAAAGAGCUCUUCGGAGCAAACGAAUCGGUCACUUCUUCUUCUGGUACGUGCGCAGUGAAGUGGCCGGCUGCCAGUACUUCCGCCAGCGCAUGGCUGUCAUACUGGAGGCCUACUUGCUGGGCUGUGGUCAGGCCAUGUUCAACAACUUCACCCAGCAGGUCCAGGCUGUGCAGGCCCUGGAAGAAGUUGCCAUAAUAAUGAAACAGAUCUGCAAAGACGGCAUCCCCCCAACAGCUGCUCUAAGGCUUCAAGAGCUGCUCAGAACCUCCAAACUUCCAGAUGAAUUCCUGCUGCCCUUUGACCCGCGAGUCAAAGCCGGAAGGAUCCUGCUGGAGAAAUGUAAGGUGAUGAACUCCAAGAAGAAGCCUCUGUGGCUGGAGUUCACGCCCAUGCCUUCGCCCAACUCUGAUACGCCCGUGGGCAUAAUCUUCAAACACGGAGACGACCUCAGACAGGACAUGCUGGUCAUUCAGACACUGGUGGUGAUGGAGGCAAUCUGGCAGGAGAAAUCACUUGAACUUUACCUUGUCCCAUAUGGCUGCAUCUCCACCGGCUACAACAUGGGUAUGAUUGAGAUUGUGAGAGAUGCUUUGACUAUUGCUGCACUGCAGAUGAGCCACUGGGGAACAUUUGGAGCCUUCAAGAAUGAGGCUCUAUGCGAGUGGCUCAAAUCCAAGUGUCCACUGCAGGAAAUGCACUACAGAACCAUGGAUAGGUUUGUGAAGUCCUGUGCUGGCUAUUGUGUGGCCACUUACGUGUUGGGCAUAGGAGAUCGACACAACGACAACAUCAUGAUCACAAAUCAAGGGAACCUGUUUCACAUUGAUUUUGGUCACAUCCUGGGAAACAGGAAGUACUUCCUUGGCAUCAGCAGAGAGCGCGUGCCGUUCGUCCUCACGCCUGACUUUAUCUAUGUCAUGGGCAAAACUGACAGCCUCUGCUUCCAGCGGUUCCGGGACACCUGCAUCCAAGCCUACCUGUCCCUGCGCGCGCACUCCCGCCUGCUGAUCACGCUCUUCAACCUCAUGCUGCUGACGGGCAUCCCAGAGCUGAGCGCUGCAGCGGACAUGCUGUACCUGCGGGAGGCGCUGCAGGAGGACAGGAGCGAAGCCGAGGCCAAGGAGCAUUUCCUCCAGCAAAUCGCCGUGUGUGACGAUAAAGCCUGGACCGUGCAGUUAAACUUCUGGGUCCACCUGACCGCGAACAAAAAGUAGAUCGUUCCGUGUUUACAAUGGGACAGAUGCGAAAAUGUUAAAAGAUAUUUGUGUUGUGUCCCUUCAACAAAAAUACAGAAUUAAAGGAAUUCACAGUUUUUGCAAAUUGUAAUUAUUAAAAGGAAAUUUUUGAUUCCCAUCUUAAUUAGCACUGAAUAAAAACCUCUUCCAUGA